CCCGGGAGCACUCCGCGAGCACCCCGGGAGCACUCCGCGAGCACCCCGGGACCACCCCGGGACCACCCCGGGACCACCCCGGGAGCACCCCGCGCGCACUCCAAGAGCACCCUGACAGCACCCCAGGAGUACCGCGCGCGCACCCCGAGAGCACGCACCCCAGGAGCAACCCGAGAGUACCCCGAGAGUACCCCGCGCGCACCCCAGGAGCACCCCAGGAGCACCCCGCGCGCAUCCCCGCGCACCCCGAGAGCACCCGGCGCGCACCCCAGGAUCACCCCGAGAGCAUCCCAGGGGCACCCCAGGAGCACCCCGCGCGCAUCCCCGCGCACCCCAGGAGCACCCCGCGAGCACCCCGCGCUCGGCGACCCGGGACCGCAGCGCACCCACGCACUCGCGGACUCGGGGCGCCCCCCAGGCCCAGCCAAGACCCAGCGAUGACUCUGAAUAAUGUCACCAUGCGCCAGGGCCCCGUGGGCAUGCAGCCGCAGCAGCAGCGCUGGAGCAUCCCAGCGGACGGCAGGCACCUGAUGGUCCAGAAAGAGCCCCCGCAGUACGGCCAGCACCACUGCCAGUCGGCCGCCCCGGAGGACCCCUGUCGCCGGAGCUGGUCCUCAGACUCCACGGACUCAGUCAUCUCCUCCGAGUCGGGGAACACCUACUACCGGGUGGUGCUCAUAGGGGAGCAGGGGGUGGGCAAGUCCACUCUGGCCAACAUCUUUGCAGGCGUACAUGACAGCAUGGACAGCGACUGCGAGGUGCUGGGAGAAGACACCUAUGAGCGCACGCUGAUUGUUGAUGGGGAAAGCGCGACAAUUAUACUCCUGGACAUGUGGGAAAACAAGGGGGAGAACGAAUGGCUCCAGGACCACUGCAUGCAAGUCGGGGACGCCUACCUGAUUGUCUACUCCAUCACGGACCGAGCCAGCUUCGAGAAGGCAUCUGAGCUGCGGAUCCAGCUCCGCAGGGCCCGGCAGGCAGAGGACAUCCCUAUAAUUUUGGUGGGCAACAAAAGUGACCUGGUUCGGUGCCGGGAAGUGUCUGUGUCAGGCUGCGCAGGCCAAGGGGCCGCAGUGGAAAUCCUACUAAAAAGACCCGGAGGAAGUCGCCCUGCGGUUCAUCUAUUUGAUGAGAAGCCGGAGCUGGUGGCUUAGGACGCAGCGGUGCGAGGUGCUGGGGGAUCGGCGGGGUGACUGCGCACAGAGGCACCGAGCGGGGGCAGGAGAGGGUGGGGAAGGGCCCCCCGCACCCCCCCCGGGUCUUCUGGAUGAGCCCGGCCCCCCCCACCAGGCACGGAGAGCGGCGAAGGAGCGGCCCGGGACCUGCCUUCUGCUCCGGGGAGGUGGGGGGCGCCCCGAUAUAGGUAGUGACCCCGGGGCACCUGCCCUCAGCCCAAGGGGGGGCCUGAUAGUAGGUAGUGACCCUGGGGUACCUGCCCUCAGCCCCGGGGGGCCUGAUAUAGGUAGUGACCCCCGGGCACCUUCCCCAGCCCUGGGGGCCCCUGAUAUAGGUAGUGACCCCUGGGCACCUGCCCUCAGCCCCGGGAGGAUGGGGGUCCCGAUACUAGGUUGUGGGCCUGGGAACCUUCCCUCAGUCCCAAUACUAGGUAGUGACCCCUGGACACCUUCCCUCAUCCCUGGGGGGCCCGAUAUAGGUCAUGGGCCCGGGACCUUCCCUUGCCCUGGGGGGCCCCGAUACUGUCGCCAUCAGUGAUGGGUCGCCUGAGUCCUGGCCGGGAGGAUGGUUGAUGGGGAGGGCAGUGUCCCACAGUCCGACUGUCGAGGCUGACAUUUGUCGCGGGGAGCAGGGUGCCAGGUGCAGAAUCAGGCCUCCAGAGCAGUGGAAAUAGGGUUUGGCCCAUGUCCUGGGCCUGGGGGGCCACGGGGGCCGCCGGGGCAGCCGGCAGGUGCAGGCGGCAGGGGAGCAGGCCCGGGCCGGGCAGGGGGGAUGCAGGGCUCAGGCCGCGCUGCCCUCCCGUGCACUCGGGCUCAGGCUGCUUUGGGAGGGGUCGGAGGGAGGCGGCGGGUGGGAGCGACCCCCGCGCCCUGGAGGUACAGGCUUACGGCUCGCCCGCGGUGCCGAGGCAGAGGGGCCUUCAAAAUCCCCGCGCGUGAAAUGAGAAACGCGGUUCCAGCCGCACAGGACAAAGUGCUAAGCAGCAGAAGGGAGGCUUCAUCCUGAGGAACAUCCAAGUCCCUACAGGGUUUAAAGGGUCGGGCACGCAGGCGGCGGUGCCGGGCCUGUCUGCCCAUCAGGCCCGACCGCCACGUCGGAGGGGGUUACGGGGUGGCCGGCGCGGGCAAGGGCCCUGAGUAGCGGGUCUCAGCGCCCCCCGUGCCCCCGCCACCUCUGGGAGUCCAGCAAGCAGACCCUCGCCCACCCGGCUGCCCGACCGCCACCUCCCGGAGGGUGUAAAGCCGUUGAAAGACCCCAGCCGUUGGGGAAGUGCCAACGCGCUCUCCUGGCAGCGAGGGAGGGAACCGUUAAUUCGAUUUCCUUGAUCGUGUCUUUGAGACUCUCUGUGCAGACAACCGACAACGAGACACGCUAUUUUGGGUGUCGAAGAUGAGGACGCUUGACUCUUAAAAAAUCGGGUUGAUCGUGACCUUGGGCCCUGCCCUGCCUCCAUCCCGCAGAUGAAUGCGACCUGAGGGGUUCACACGCAGGUGCCUCGGGCGGUGCGGGGCGCGUGGGAGGAAGUGCCCAAAUCCCUGGUGCCGGGCGGGGAGGUGGGGACGGUGGGUGCAGCCGGGUGCACGGGCGGCUGGAGACGUGGGACCGUGGGGCCGAGGAAGGGGUCGGCUCUGGAGCCCAGUGGCUGAGGUCUAAAUCCGGGCUCCCCUAAUUCCCAGCUGGGUAACCUGGACAAGUGAUCCCGUCUUCUGUAAGCUCAGGUUUCUCAUCUGAAUGAAGAAAUCGAAUAAAUGAAUUAAAACAUGGGAUCCCUGGGUGGCGCAGUGGUUUGGCGCCUGCCUUUGGCCCAGGGCGCGAUCCUGGAGACCCGGGAUCGAAUCCCACGUCGGGCUCCCGGUGCAUGGAGCCU